AUGUGUCCGUUGAGAUUCCUAUUGGUGUUCUUCUCGGCGAUUCUCGCCGGUUAUUUCGCGUGGAAGACGGUGAGUUCUUCGCCGGAACUCAUCGGAGACGACAACGACGACUCACCUGUCGAAUUGAAUGAUAAACAAGGACUCAAUUUCAAAAAGAAGAUGGAGAAUGGGUUCUGGGUGUUCGUCGACAUGGCCAGCGGCAAAUACCUUUGGAGGAAUCUCAACGAGAUGAGAGAGAAGAGUCAAUGA